AUGAAGGACGUGACAAUGGCCAAACAAACACAGCAAGAUGGCUCCCAGGUCUCCCUAGGUUGGGACGAUCCAGUUCCCGAAGAAUUAGCACUACGUUGGAAAGCUUUUCAAUUACUCAUCAAGUUCUCGCAUCAGAUGACGCUUCACGGAGGAGCACAAUUAAUGGGAGACCUACCGCUCCAUCGGAUAACUCCGCUGAAUCGGCCCUUCUGGGCAACAGGGGUGGACUACACUGGUGCUAUCGAAAUUAAAGCUGCUCGUAUGCGCGGAACGAGCUAUUACAAAGGAUACAUCGCCAUUUUUAUUUGCCUGGCAACCAAAGCUAUCCACUUGGAGGCAGUCACUGGGCUCACAGCAGAACAUUUUAUAUGGGCGCUAGAUCGCUUCACUGGACGUCGAGGUUUUUGUAGACACAUAUACAGCGACAAUGGAACCAAUUUUGUCGGCGCAGAUAAGACGCUUCAGCUUGCCUACGACAAGCUAAAAUCGGACUUCAAAUCUGUAGUCUCCCCAAAGCUGGCUAUCCAUAGUAUACAGUGGCACUUCAACCCUCCGCACUCUCUGAAUUUCGGAGGACUUUGGGAAGCGAACAUUAAAUCAGUCAAACAUCAUCUGAAGCGCGUAGUAGUCAACACACGCCUUACUUAUGAAGAAUUAUCCACUGUCCUGAUCAGGAUCGAGUCUUGUCUCAAUUCGCGGCCGCUCUGCCCACUCACAGCAGACCCUGACGACCUUAAUGGACUUACACCAGCACACUUCUUAAUAGGAGAUGCUAUGUUGGCACCGCCAGAAUGUCAAACACAAAACACAUCAUUUCGGGAACAAUUUUUAAAUCAGCAAAAAAUGAUACAUCUCUUUUGGAAGCAGUGGUCUCAAGAUUGGUUAUCUCAUCUCCAGAAACGACCAAAGUGGUAUCAGGAGCAUCCCAAUCUGCAGAUUAACGACUUGGUUAUAAUAAAGGACGACAGAACUCCGCCAACACAAUGGAUCCUCGGACGGAUUUUAGAAUUACACCCAGGAUAA